AUGGCCGAUCCCGCUCCGAAUCGCCUCGGGAUUUGUUUACUUGGACAUUCUUUUAUUUCUCGUUUGGGACGAUAUUUGACUUCCCAUCCUGACCUGAUGAACUUUCGUUUAUAUCGUGAACAGUACGAUGUGAUUAUCAGGGCCCGUGGUGGUUUGAGGAUAGCAAGUUUGGCACAUUCUAGGGAUUUAUUGACUUUUGAGGUGACACCGGAUAUUUGUUUUUUACAAAUUGGCGAGAACGACGUUUUGUCAUUUAAUGUGGACACUAUCGUACGUGACAUUGUUGCUCUUGCGUCGUUCAUUCGUUCUGGUAUUGGGAUAAGGACAGUGAUCAUCGGACAAUUACUGCGGCGUCAACCUUGGGCUUCAUCGUCGGAUUUUAACAACAGGAUUGUGGCCAUCAAUGUCAAGUUAAAAACCCAGACGUCAUCACUAGAUGGGGUUUACUUCUGGCAGCAUCGUGGAUUCUGGCAAGAUUUGUCAUUUUUGUGCCGUGACGGGGUGCACCUUCGCUGCUCAACUUCAACGCUCCAUGUUGUGACCUCCUCUCCCAUGCACCGUUUUUGGCGGAGUGUUCGUUCUGCCAUACUACAACACAGGCACUUAUAGGCCAGUAUUGUCUUAUAUUAAUCAUGCCACCAAAGAGAGGACAGAAGUCCCUUGGCCCCCCAGCAAACAAAAGACGGAGGUUGGCCAAUCCUACCAGAGAAA